GAAAAACCAAACCAUCUCUUUCUCUCUCUCCCGUUCUUCCUCAUUGUCUUUUUCCAGGCGUAACAGAGUAGGCUGGGGCUGGCGAGAUAGAUUUGGCACUCCCCUACAAAGAACAGCUCUUCGUAGUGGGUUCCACCCCUCACUUCCCAAAUGUGAAAAAAGAGAUUUUGUCAUUUUUUUUAUUGAAAAUUUUAGUAUAAAAUAGAGGAUAAGAUCCACACAAUUCAAAGACCAAGGGCAACCCUACGUAUCCCUUCCCUUCGCCCCCUCCUCUGCCUCGAUUUCCUCAGCUUAUCUCUAGCUCUGUCUUUAUUCGUAUCUUUCUUUUAUGUUUUUGCAUCUGGGUUCGUCGGAUAUUGCAAGUUUCUUAUCAAAAAUUGUAUUUUGAAUUAACAUUCUGAUUGUCUGGUGGAUUUUGGAUUGUUUCAAGCUUUGGGUUUUCAUUAGUUUAUUCUUUAAUUUAGAUCAAAAUAGGUGCUUUUUUUUUUGGGUUCUGUCAAUGGGUGCUUUGGAUGGAGGCCAUUUCUGUGUUGAGCUUGAGAAUGGAAUGAAGCUGGAUGCAAGUGACCUGGGAUUGGAGAAAGAGCCAGAGACUAUAGUUAUUGAGGAUGCUGUGAAAGUUCUGUUGCAGGGCUUGGGUGAAGAUGUCAACAGAGAAGGUCUUAAAAAAACUCCUUUUCGUGUUGCUAAGGCACUUCGAGAAGGAACAAGAGGUUACAAACAGAAAGUCAAGGAUAUUGUUCAGGGAGCUUUAUUCCCUGAAGUGGGUUUGCAUGAUGGAGUUGGACAUGCCGGAGGAGCAGGUGGGCUUGUGAUUGUUCGAGAUCUUGACCUGUUCUCAUACUGUGAGUCGUGCUUGCUCCCAUUUCAGGUUAAGUGUCAUGUAGGUUAUGUGCCAUCUGGUCAGCGGGUUGUAGGAUUAAGCAAACUCUCUAGAGUAGCUGAUGUUUUUGCAAAACGACUGCAAGACCCACAACGUCUAGCAGAUGAAGUAUGUUCAGCUCUGCAACAUGGAAUUAAGCCAGCAGGGGUUGCUGUGAUACUCCAGUGUUUGCACAUUCAUUUUCCAAAUCUGGGGUCGGUCUUUCUUGACUCAAAGCAUCAAGGAUGGAUAAAGGUGCUGGUGUCUUCAGGCUCAGGGGUUUUCGAAAAUGAAAAUGCUGAUGUUUGGAGUGAUUUUCUGGGUCUUUUGAAAUUCAGAGGUGUAACUGUGGAGAAAAUUCUAACUAGGGACUCUACGAAACAAAGUUGGUGCCCUUCCUAUUCUUCCUCUGUUGCUAAAAUUUCCUCUGAGCUUGUAGCACCCAACCCUGGAAUGGUUGCUGCAGUAGUUUCAAUACUCAGAUCUUUGGGUGAAGAUCCAUUAAGGAAAGAGCUUGUAGAAACUCCUAGCCAUUUUGUGAGGUGGUUGAUGAACUUUCAGAAUACAAAGUUGGAGAUGAAGCUAAAUGGCUUUGCAUGCGGCAGAACAGAUCUUCUUAAACCUAGUGGGGAAGUCUGCUCCCACAAUAACGAAGAGAUGCAUUCAGAGUUGAACCUAUCAUUCUGGUCUCAAUGUGAGCAUCAUCUACUUCCUUUUCAUGGUGUUGUCCAUAUUGGAUACUUCUGCCCUGAAGGAUUCAAUCCCAUUGGAAAGUCCCUUUUGCAGUCAAUAGUACAUUUUUAUGGUUUCAAGCUCCAAGUGCAAGAAAGACUCACCAGGCAAAUAGCAGAGACAGUUUCACCAAUCUUAGGUGGAGAUAUCAUGGUAGUUGUGGAGGCAAAUCACACCUGCAUGAUCUCUAGAGGGAUUGAGAAGUUUGGCAGUAACACAGCUACUAUUGCUGUGCUUGGUCGAUUUUCAACCGAUCCUGCUGCUAGGGCUAUGUUUUUCCAGAGCAUUCCAAAGGUUCCUACAUCUGGAAUGUUGUAGUCAUAACCUGAAGUUCUUUUUCAGAGUUGGAUGUUGUCAUUCUUUGCCUCAGUUCAUGCUUUUUCAGUCUGCAGCAGUGCAGAAAAUGGUACAAUUUAUAGUGUAUACUUUCUUCAUGGAUUACCAAAAGGCAGCCUGGCUAUGUUCCGAUUGAUUAUUGGUGGCAGGAAUUCCACGCGAAAUUGAGAAUUUUUUUUGUUCUUACUCUCUGUAGCAUAAAUCCUCCCAGAUAAAUUUCAGGGGUGAGCCAUUAGUUCCAUUAUUAUUACUUUCUGGUCAUACCUUUUUUUUUUAUAAAUUUC